AUGUUUGCCAUCAAAUCCCGUCAAAAACCACCUAAAGAAUCCUCUUAUCCUUCUCCUCCCUUACCUCCAUUAACUCCAACCCUCAUUCUUACAAACCAAGACCCCCUCAGUAAAACUUCUCAUCCAACUUACGUCCGUCCAACAUCAAUCAUUAGUGAAGAUACAGAUAUGGAACAUGAAGAUGGAGAAGAAGUAGAAAUAGAAAUAGAAGCUGAUGAAGAAGCAGAUGAAGAAGAAGAAGAAGAUGAUGAUGAUAACCUUGACCAACUAUCCUCCUCCUCAUCUUCUUCCUCAUCCUCAUCACCAAUACAAACUACAAAUGACCCCUCCUAUACCCUUCAAAGAGUCCUCUCAACCCCAGACUCUGAUGAUGAUAACGACCUCCUCAUUCCCUUAGCCACUAGUGCAGCUUUUGCUAGAGCCCUUAAAUACUCUCCACCACCCCUCCAUCAUCCACCUUCUCCAAAGUUUAUCAUGCCCAAAAUUACUAUGCCUUCAAGACCUCCCUUCACCCCAGAUGGCCUUGCAAUCACUAAACUUAAACUUCUCAUUGCUGGUAACUCUGCCUCAGGGAAAUCAGCCCUCCUUCAUGCCAUGGCUCAAACUUCAAGAGAAAUUAUCCAUAUUGAUCAAACUCCAACCCCAGUAUCAGACCAUCAUGGACCUCUUUUAUGGGAAUAUCUUGCCUCUACAAGACCCCACCUGGACUAUGAUGAUUCAGAUACUCCCUUGGAUGACCCAACUACAUCUACAUCUACAUCCACAUCUGCCUCUACUUCUACUUCUACUUCUACUUCUACUUCUACUUCUACCUCCUUUCCUACCCGUCGUAGAUCAUCAGCAUCAGUUACACAGUCCCUUUCCGUAUCAUCAGACCUCGCCGCCCUAGAAAAAAACAUUUGUCUUGUAGAUACCAUCGGGUACUCCUCACACCCUGCUGUCCCAGCCCGUAUUGGUGCUUAUCUCCACGCCGCCUUUGACAAAACUGCUUCUCUAGUCAACCCAACAACAAAAGAAGCCCUUUCAAUACUUUCCUCUUCUUCAUCACUUAGUGCUAUCCCUAUGGUUGAUGCUUGUAUCUACUCUAUUGCGGCUCCUCUUUCCCCACAAGAUAUCGAUUACAUGGCCCUCUUGGCCCGAUACGCUCCAGUCAUCCCGGUCAUUGCAGCCUCUUGUGUUCCGCUAGCAGAUAUCCCACGUUUAAAACUUGCCAUUUUACGUGAAAUGAAACAUGCUGAUGUUCCGCCAUUUCUUUUUGACGUGUCUCUAGAUGAGGCUAUUGAGCAUGCAAAGCAAGCUGUUCUAGACCAGAGUAUAGUCGACCUAGGUAAUAUAGCAACUAUUGCCACCACCACUACUGCCGCACUAGCACCAUCACUACUAGCAGCAGCACCAACAGCAACAGCAACAACUACAGCCUUCCCAUUAUUCCCCUGCGCCGUCUCAACUGACCUCCCAGACCUCUGCGCUCAUAUCUUUUCCUACCACGGGUCCACAUGGCUCCGCCACGCAGCUGCUAAAAAGUUUGCAGCUUGGUGUGCAGAACAACCUGUCCGUAGAGUCUCUGAAAAUCAAUCACCAACUUGCUUGAUCAAUAGAGACAAGCGUGUCCAAGUCGCUCGUAUUCCUAAAACUCCUGCAGACCCCCAGCAAGACCUUUUAAUCUCUGCAGAUUUUUUUGUGGCUUUGGAACCCCGCAGACGAGCUCAAUCAGGAACAGCUAAAUGGGUUGCUGCUCUUGCUCGUGAUGCUGAUAAACUUGUUCCAGUCUCAGUCUCGGUUCCGGUUUCGGUUCCGGUUUCUGUUUCUGUUCGGGCCCAUUCCUCUCACCUUUCUACUUCUUCUCCACCACGACUACCAAAAAAUGCAGCAUGUACGGCCAUCACUAACCUUGAUCCAUUAGGACUUGAACAGUUUUUGGCUACAGAUAUUUGGCGGUUAGCCCUUAAGACUCUUUCGUUAGCUGUUGGAAUUAAAUUUGCCACUGAGUUUUGGAGAGCCCUUGUGGCUACGGCACGUACAAAUUCUUUGGCUACUUCUACCGGUACUUCACUUUCGAUUGCAGAUGUGUUUGCAGCAGCCGCUCAUGCCGUGCGGGCCACGGGGGCUGCUGCCAAAACUGUUUUGUGGAGUCUUAUAAUGGCACCUCUUGAGAAACUAAUUUCACUUCUGGGGUUGGCUGCAACAGACUCUCAACAGCCUGUUAUUGUAUUUGCAGAUGCUCAUACUAAAAAUAAUAUCCGGCCGCAGAGCGUGCUGGCUGCUUUAUUUAGUGGAGAACUCCAAACAAACGUUUUUUCUGUGUUGGUGGGGUCCUUUGGAGGGAUGUAA